AGAAUUUCCAAUAAUUCCUGUCUUAAAUUGGAGUAAUCGAAUUAUGGCAACAAUUGGCGGCAUUCUAACUUUAGUUGGAACCAAUAUCGGCAAUGAAACGAUGGGAUAUAUAGGAGGAGGCAUUAUUUUGUCUUGUCCAUUUGUCGAACUUUGUGCUUCGUAUCUUGAAAAGAAAGAAGGAGCAAAAAUAGAACGUGGUGAGAUCAGGUCACUAGUUCAUAGCAUUGAAAUUCUUGAAGUUGUAUUAAAACCUUUCUUGGAAGACGAAAAUAAAUUUCAAAAUCGCUAUUAUUAUUAUGCCAUCCGUAGAGUUAUCAAUGUUUUUGUGAAUGCAAAAGAAUUUUUGAAAAAUGUAGUUAAACUUUCGGAUCGCAAAAAAUUUUUAAAUGCUAAGGAAAUUAGAGAAAACAAUGAACAUUUCCACCGAGAACUUGAUGAUAGUAUUAGAGAUUUAAAUCUUGUCAUAACUAUUGCUUCUUUUGAAAAAAAGACAAACGAAGAUACGAAUGAAAAUAUUGAUACUAUUUUACAAGAAAUUGUGUCUUUUAACAAAAAGACAAAUGAAGAUAUUGAUACUAUUUUACAAGAAAUUGUGAUUAUAAAAAAUAGCAGCACCGAACAAACACUUAUUGAAUUACGAAACAAAAUUCUUUUAUUAGAGAAUAAACUUAAUUCUUCUGCCAACUAA